AUGGCUCCAUUGAAUAAAAAAAUUCAAAAGUUCCUCAAAGAUUCGAUAAGAGUUGCCCCUAAGAUAUCAAAGAAAGGUGAGCUAGCCGAACUGAGAAAUGGUUUAGUGUCGCCAUACCCACAAACUCGUAAAGAUGCAAUCAAAAAGACCAUUCAACAGAUGACGUUGGGGAAGGAUGUUUCAUCUCUAUUUCCUGACGUUCUAAAAAAUAUUGCCACGAAUGACGUCGAACAGAAAAAAUUGGUGUAUUUGUAUGUCAUGAAUUAUGCGGAAUCACAUCCUGAACUCUGUAUCCUGGCGGUGAACACGUUUGUGACUGAUGCACAAGAUCCCAAUCCCUUGAUUCGCUGUAUGUCUAUCAGGACUAUGUCAAUGGUGAGAGUAGACAAAAUUCUAGAAUAUGUGGAGAUUCCAUUGCGCCGCACAUUGCAGGACGAUAAUCCAUAUGUUCGCAAAACUGCAGUUAUAUGUGUUGCUAAGCUUUUCCAAUUAAAUCAGGAGCUCUGCAUUGAACUCGGUGUUUUGGAAGAUCUCGUUUCGGCAUUAGACGACUCCAACCCAAUGGUCGUUGCAAAUGCAACAGCUGCGCUUACAGAAAUUCAUGGUGUGGAUCCAAGUGUGGUAUCCUUACCAAAGUUAAUAAAUUCACAUGUUUCACAGUUUUUACUAGCAUUGAACGAAUGCACGGAAUGGGCAAGGAUUACCAUUUUGGGGGCCCUUGCCGACUAUUCCGCAAAAGAUUCACUGGAAGCACAAGACAUCAUAGAUCGCGUCUCGGCUCAUCUGCAACAUGUCAAUCCUGCUGUAGUGCUGGCCACUAUAAAGGUCAUAAUCAGAAAUCUCCCUCAAAUACAGCAACAGAAUUUCAAAGCGAUAAGCUUGAAAUUGUCAUCUGCACUAGUUUCUAUAAUGUCAACACCGCCUGAGAUGCAGUACGUUGCUUUGAAAAAUAUUCGAAUAAUACUGGAGAAGUAUCCUGAACUCUUGGUAAAAGAACUAAGAAUUUUCUACGUCAAGUUUAAUGACCCACUAUAUGUGAAAUUGGAAAAAAUUGACAUUAUGGUUAGAUUGGUGGAUGCAACAAAUUUGAAGCAGUGUAAUUUAUUACUAACGGAAUUGAAAGAGUAUGCGAUGGAAUUUGAACCUGAAUUUGUGUCGAAAUCUAUUCAGGGAAUUACACAACUUGCUAUUAAAUACUCUGGUGAGAAAUUUGUUUCGAAGGCGUUAGAUGAUUUGCUGGAGUUAGUAGAUAGAACAGAGAAUUUGAAAGACGAUUGCUGUAUAGCAAUGUGCGAUUUACUGAGACAUUGCCCCACAAACGAAAAAAUAGCUAGUGACAUUUGUGCCUUAUUGAAUUCAUGGGCGGUCCCAGAGUCAUCAUUAAUCUCAGAUGCAGCAAAAUGCAAUUACAUAUGGUUAAUGGGCCAUUAUCCCGAAAAAUUUACUGAUCUUGAAGGGAAGCUAGAUCAAAUGAUAGAAAAUUUUGUGCAGGAGGAGUGCAUGACGCAAGCUUCAAUACUAAUGACUGUCGUAAGACUGCACACGCAAUUGCCAGGUAGUACACUUCAAAACGUAUUAGAGAUGGCUACCACAUCUGUCAAUGAGAUAGACAUUAGAGACAUGGCUAUGAUCUACUGGAGGUGCUUGUCAAUGCCAAAUUCAGAUACUUUGGUUGAUCAGCUAUGUAAAUCUGUUGCCCCUAUAUUCGAAAACGCUUUGGAUAACUUUUCAACUGAAACUUUAGAAAAGCUGCUAAAUGAGUUGUCAACAAUAAGCUCUAUCUAUUUCAGGCCACAGUCGGUUAGAGCUAAAAGGUAUGUUCUACGCCAAAACAUUGUCCGAGGGAAACGCAUGGAUGAACUCAAAGAUAUGGCAAAGAAUGAAAUUGCAAAGAACAUGAAUGAUGACGUAUUAUUAGAUUUUGGUGAUGAUGAACCGAAAACGUCUUCAAGCGGAAAUGUUUCAUCAAAUUUGCUUGAUGAUUUAGAUGACAUAUUUGGGUUUAAUUCAACGGGAGCUACAACUUCAAGUGAAACUAAGGAUAUGCAAUCAAGUACUAACAAGAUGAACACAUCGACUACCAAUACCCAAGAUCUUCUUAACUUGUUCUAA